UUGAUUUGUACAUAUAUCGUCACCUUUGUUAGUGCCCUUACUUCACCCUCAGAUCCCCAGCAGAAAGAAAAAUGAAGUCCUCAAUUAUCGCCUUUUUCGCAUGUCUCACCUUGGUCAAUGCCUCGGCUUUGACCUUUGUGCUCGGUGCCCAUGACAGAGCGUGCUACUACAUCCAGACGACCAAGCCUAACACAAACAUCGCCUACUAUUUUGCCGUCCAGUCUGGUGGUGACUUUGAUGUAGACUAUACCGUCCGUUCGCCAAAGAAUGUGUUUAUUGUGGAUGAAAAGAAGGUGAGACAGGGUGACUGGAUCUUCAACGGUGACGACGCUGGUGAGUACGAGUUCUGCUUCUUCAACGGGGCCGCCUCGUACGUGGAGAAGGUUCUCGACUUUGAACUUAAGUUGGAGAACGACUUCAGAGCCGCCAUUCCACUGAGCCAAGACUCUCCUAUUGCUGUCGAAGGGAUGCAGGAUACCAUCACCAAAAUCGGCUUCAAGCUCGACGAUUUACUCAAGUCGUUGUACUACUACAAGGCCAGAACCAACAGAAAUGAGGCCACCGUCAAGUCCACUGAGUCUAGAAUCUUCUGGUUCUCCUUCUUGGAGGUUGUGUUGAUGGUUGGCAUGGGUGUGUUGCAGGUCGUUAUCGUCCAAUUAUUCUUCAAAGGAUCUAGAAAGCAGCUCGUGUAGUGCUUGAAACACGAAUAAAAUCUUAUGCGUA